GCAGCCCUGUCCGAGGCGGCCGAGGUGUACUUCAGUGCCAUUCAGAAGAUCGGGGAGCAGGCCCUGCAGAGCUCCACCUCGCAGAUCCUGGGUGAGAUCUUGGUGCAGAUGUCAGAUACCCAGCGCCACUUGAACUCUGACCUGGAGGUGGUGGUGCAGACGUUCCACGGAGACCUGCUGCAGCACAUGGAGAAGAACACCAAGCUGGACAUGCAGUUCAUCAAAGACAGCCGCCAGCACUACGAGAUCGAGUACCGCCACCGAGCUGCCAACCUGGAGAAGUGCAUGUCCGAGCUGUGGCGCAUGGAGCGCAAGAGGGACAAGAACGUGCGGGAGAUGAAGGAGAGUGUGAACCGGCUGCACGCACAGAUGCAGACCUUCGUGUCUGAGAGCCAGCGGGCCGCUGAGCUGGAGGAGAAGCGGCGCUACCGGUUCCUGGCCGAGAAGCACCUGCUGCUUUCCAAUACGUUUCUGCAGUUUUUCGGUCGGGCCAGGGGGACGCUCCAGAACCGCGUGCUGCUGUGGAAGGAGCAGUCGGAGGCCAGCCGCAACCCGUCGCGGGCGCACUCCCCGGGCCUGCUGGGCCCGGUGCUGGGGCCGCCCUACCCCUCGGGCCCGCCUGACGGGACCCUCUGCUUCCCCAGCAGGAGCGGCUGGUUCCCCGAGGCCUAUGUGAAGCCACUGGAGGAGGUGCCCGUGAACCCCAUGAACGCCUUGAACCCCGUGACCUCCAUGAACCCCAUGAAUGCCUUGAACCCCAUGACCUCCAUGAACCCCAUGAACCCCUUGAACCCAGUGACCUCCAUGAACCCCAUGAGCCCUAUGAAUGAGCUACCUUCCAGGUCCUACCCGCUCCGGGGCAGCCACAGCCUAGACGACCUCCUGGACCGGCCGGGCAACGCCACAGCGCCCUCAGAGUACUGGGACGGCCAGCCCCGCUCGCGAACUCCGAGCCGGGUCCCGAGCCGCGCCCCCAGCCCCGCACCUACACCGUUGCCUGGCAGCCGCCGAGGCAGCAUGGGCAGCACGGGGGUGGCCAGUGACAUCAAGAAACUCAUGUCCUGGGAGCAGCAGCCACCAGAGCUCUUCCCUCGGGGCACUAACCCCUUUGCCACCGUAAAGCUGCGGCCCACUGUCACCAAUGACCGCUCGGCGCCCCUCAUCCGCUGAGGGCCUUCCUCCAUCGGGUCUGAGGUCGCCCCGCCACCUGCCCAGGAGCUGCCCAGAGCUGGCGGCAGCAGCAGCAGCAGCCGUGGAUCCGAGACGCCCGGGCCCUGAUCCUGGUGGGGGGCACCCUUCCCCUGACCAAGCCCCCAGCCUGAGCAGCUCCGAGGGCCCUGGCAUGGGGUCUGGGGCCUUGAAAAUAAAGCAGGCGGAAUGGGGACAGCACCACUUCUUCCCCUCCAGGGGCCCCAGGACUCUCCCUGGGGGCCUGCCUCACGCCCCCAUCCUCUUUCCCCUUCUCCACCCCAGUGGGGAGGAGCCCCUUACACACCCUCCCCCGCCCGCCCACACUUGUCCCCUUUUAACUUUUGUAAACAAUGAGAAAUAAAGCAAGUGGACAGGCA